GCCGGCGGUCUGGAGGGUCCGGUCUCCCUCUCUUCUCCUCCUCUUCUUCUGGGUGGGUGUCCAGGAUAAUGACCCCCCCCCCCAGCCCGGGGGCAGCUGGGGGCAGAACCGCUGAACUGGACCUGCUGACCCGGGUCUGGAUGUGAAGAUCAGGCGCCGGGUCAUGACCGACUGGCCCAACGUGACGGGGGCCGGGCCCCUGGAGCUGGUUCUGAGGCGGGAGGAGCUGCAGAAGUCCAGGUGUGUCCUGGGCUUCUUCCCGGUGGUCUACUACAGCAUCCUGCUCUGCGUGGGAGUCCCAGUGAACAUCCUGACGGCGGUGGCGUUGACCCGGCUGGCGUCCCGCACCAAGAAGGCGCUGUACUACUACCUCCUGGCGGUGACGGGCUCGGACCUGCUGUCGCAGCUCUUCAUCAUCCUGGUCGGCUUCCUCCUGGAGACGGCCGUCUUCCACCGGGACGUCCCCGCGCCGCUGCUGCGCGCCGUCAGCGCCGCCGAGUUCGCCGCCAACCACGCCUCCAUCUGGUCGGCCGUGCCCCUCACCGUGGACCGCUACGUGGCGCUGUGCCACCCGCUGCUCCACCGGCAGAUCAGCUACCCGGCGCGGGCCCGGAGGACCAUCGCCGCGGUGCUGGCGGUGUCCCUGGCGUCGGGGGUGCCCUUCUUCUGGUGGUCGGACGUGUGGAGGAGCGCCGACCCCCCCACGGCGCUGGACGCCGUCCUUAUCUGGACCCACGUGGUGAUCAUCUACUUCCUGCCCUGCGGCAUCUUCCUGGUGCUGAACUCGCUGAUCAUCCGCACCUUGAGGGGGCGGCGGCCGCACCACCCCACCCAAGGGGAGCGUGGGCACCCGCGGCGGCCGCGGCGGGGGAAGACCACGGCCAUGCUGCUGGCCAUCACCUCGGUGUUCUCGGUGCUGUGGGCCCCCAGGACCGUGGUGGUGGUGUACCACCUGUACGUGUCCUCGGUCCACCGCGACUGGCGCGUCCACCUGGCCUUCGACCUGUCCAACAUGCUGGCCAUGCUCAACACCGCCGUCAACUUCUUCCUCUACUGCUUCGUCAGCAAGCCCUUCCGCCGCGCCGUGCGGGACGUGGUGCUGCUCCGGGGCGGGGGGCCCCUGGACCCGUGCCGGGGCCUCCCCCUCCAACCGCAGGGCUCCGCCAACGCCUCCAACUCUUCCCUGGACAGCAGGAACAAGGACCAGGCGGGGCUCCACCCCCUCGUUACCUCGUCACGCCCUCCAGAAGCCCCCAGGGGCCCCGGAGACCCCGUGUCCCCGGCCUCCCAUGGUCCUGGUGCCCUUUGACCCCCAGGCCGGGGGCCCCGGGGGCCUCAGGGGCCUCGGGGGCUUCAAACGAGCUGGACUCCCAAAUAGUUUGUGUUUCUGUGACUUUGAGUUGUUUGUCCGUGUAAAUCUACAGAUGGAUGGAUGG